GAGCUGAGCCUCCAGUAUGAAGUGGCCGAUCCUUUUGAUGCUUUGCCUUUGGCUGGCCAAUGGGUUGCAAAGGGUGCCCCUGAAGAGACACAAAUCCCUGCGGAAAAUCCUGAGGGAGCAUGGACAGCUGUCCAAAUUCUGGAAAGCCCAGAAGCUGGACAUGAUCCAGUACACAGAAGACUGCUCCACCGUCCCAGAAACUGAGCCACUCAUGAACUACCUGGAUAUGGAGUAUUUUGGACAGAUUUCUAUUGGGACCCCUCCUCAGAAUUUCACAGUGUUAUUCGACACUGGCUCCUCCAAUCUUUGGGUUCCAUCCAUCUACUGUGUCAGCAAAGCCUGUGCUGUGCAUUCCAGAUUUCACCCAUCAGAUUCCAGCACCUACAGUGAAAUUGGAACUCCCUUCUCGAUUCAGUAUGGGACUGGUAGUUUGUCGGGAAUCAUCGGAUCAGAUCAAGUCACUGUUGAAGGCAUCUCUGUCAGCAACCAGCAGUUUGCAGAGAGCAUCAGCGAGCCAGGAAACACUUUUCUGGAUGCUGAGUUUGAUGGGAUUCUUGGGCUGGCCUAUCCAUCGCUGGCAGUGGAUGGGGUUACCCCUGUGUUUGAUAACAUGAUGGCACAAAAUCUAGUGGAUCUGCCAAUAUUCUCAGUCUACAUGAACAGGAACCCGGAUUCCUCUGUUGGGGGAGAGCUAUUAUUUGGUGGCUUUGAUCCUUCUCAUUUCAGCGGGACUCUGAACUGGGUGCCAGUCACUAAACAGGGAUACUGGCAAAUCCAAUUAGACAACAUACAGGUGGGCGGGACAGUUGCCUUCUGCGCAGAAGGAUGCCAGGCGAUAGUAGACACCGGGACCUCUCUCAUCACAGGUCCUUCCAAAGAAAUAAAAGAAAUGCAAAAUUAUAUUGGAGCGGUGCCCACGGAUGGCGAGUACGCCGUGGAAUGCAACAACCUGAAUGUGAUGCCUGAUGUUACCUUCACCAUCAAUGGGAUCCCAUACACGCUCAGUCCCCAGGCCUACACCCUCAUGGAGACUAGUGACGGCAUGGCAUUCUGCACCAGCGGCUUCCAGGGGCUGAACAUGCAACCGCCGGCUGGGCCACUCUGGAUUCUGGGUGAUGUUUUCAUUGGCCAGUUUUACUCUGUCUUUGACCGUGGAAAUAACAGAGUUGGGCUGGCACCAGUUGUCCCUUAAGGCAGUGUCCCCUAAUGGUCAGAGUAAGGCUGUGGGAGUCAGUGUAGAGCUUGGUUCUAUUCUUGGCUCUGCCGCUGUGUGACUUUGGGCAAGUAACGUCAUGCAUCUUUGUGCCUCAAUUUCCCCACCUGUAAAACAGGGAUAAUCAUACUGACCUCCUUUGUAAAAUGCCUUGGGAUCCUUGGCUGAAAAGCACUACAGAAACGCAAAGU